AUGCCAGUCGAACGCUUACCCCAGUGGAACGCCGCUACUCCCAAACAGAGCGUGAGGCCCCAGCAGUUGUUUGGGGCUGCGAAAAGUUUCACCUUUACUUAUAUGGCACCACCUUUGACUUGCUUACCGAUCACACACCGUCGAGUAACACCUUAUUGGCCACAAGCCAAUUCCGAAGUCGAACGGUUUAACCGCACACUCGAGAAGGCCAUUCGCGCUGCAAAUACCAAAGGAAAAGAUUGGAAAAGCGAGCUCAACACCUUCCUACUCAAUUACCGAGCAACAGCUCAUUGCACUACUGGCAAAUCACCUGCUGUUCUCUUGUUUGGUCGAGAGAUACGCACCAAGCUCCCGUCGUUGAACACUAGCCGUUCGCCAGCUCCAACGUCACCUGUUGUCGACCCCGCCAUUCUAGAGCGUGAUCGUUGUCAGAAAGCAAAGAUGAAGAAGUAUGCGGAUGAGAAAAGACGUGCAGCACCUUCCAACAUAAAGAGGGGCCGGGUGACAAAGUUCUUCUGAAGCAAGAACGAAAGAAUAAAUUAUCCACAAAAUAUGACCCAGACCCAUAUAUAGUGGUAGGAACGAAAGGCACAAGUUUACUUCUAAAGAGACGAGCCGAGCCCGAGAUAAUGAGGAAUUCGUCAGCAGUUCGCAAAUUUUCGCCGGAGGGAACAGAUAAUCAUCCACACGAAGCCAAACGGAAACCAGACCAAGUGGUUGAUACAACAACAAAGCCUAGACCCCAGCGACAGCGAAAACCUCCUGAAUAUCUUGGACAUGAAAAGUGA